AAAUUCUGAAGAAAACAAACUUGGACCGCUUCUGUGCUUUUCUGCUUACCCUUCAAGGCGGCUCUCGAGGUUUGGACGGUUUCAAUUCCUUGCCUUCUUCAAUAAGCCUUUUCAUCUUCUCCUUCCUCUGGCAACGCGAAAGACGCGGUAUGAUCUCUACUUCUAUACCCAGGAGCAACCGUAGCCUCCGGUAUGCGGACACCACCAUUUCAGAGUAACACCGUAUUCUCUGUUUCUCUAUCUUACUGAUAGAAUUUUGGGUUUCAUAGUAUACGACUUUGGAGGAACGCAGGUGGCAUGGUCGGCUAAUUCUGGGCUGGCUGCAGGGUUCUUGAAUGGACAAGAUGUUCUCCUUCAGGUCCAGCGUCAGAUCAACUUCCAAUGGUGACAAAGCCUCCAAUUCAAUCACCGAGGCAUCAGAGAUGCAGGAGAAAUUGAACAAGCUGCAGGAAGAGCUGAAGAAUGAGAAAAAGGAGAAGGCGCGUGCUCUGGAUGAGAUAGCAGGGCUCAAGAAGAAAAAGAAUGAGAAUAAGGUGACAAGCAAUGGAGGUGAUGAUAAGUUGGACCUUGUGCACAGAUUAGAGCAGUUAGAAGGUGAACAGGAGGCAGCAAGGGAUUCAGAGAAGAAACUGCUAGUGUCAUUGGGGGCCCAAACGAAGCAGCUUGAACAAACCAAGGUAUCUCUGGAGGAGGCCAAGCUUGAGAUUGCUUCCCUCAAAGAUAAUAAAAAGAGCUCGGAAGCCUUCAGUGCACUGUCUUCUAAUCCUAGCCAACCGGCUAGGAAUCUCAGGAGAAGGGGAAUAAUGUCUUUCUCCUUUGCUGAUCCUGGUGAGGUAGAGACGUGGUCAUUACAGCGUGAACUCAAGUUGGCUGUCGAAGCUGAGGAGAAGUGCAAGAAGGCCAUGGAUGAUUUGGCAAUAGCUUUGAAGGAACAGACAACUGAUGCCAGAGAUGCAAAAGCGAAACUUUCAUUAGCGCAAUCUGAGUUGACUAAUGCAAGAACUGAAAUGGAGAACUCAAAGGCCUUGCUUAAAAACACAGAGGAGAAGCUCCAGGUAGCACUGGAAGAGGCAGCGCAACUGAAGUUUGAGUCAGAUGAGUUAGCAGCAGCCUCAAAAGAGAAAGAGAGGGGACUGGUUGAUUGCAUCAAGAUGUUUGAGGGGGAUCUCAUCAAAGCAAAGGAGGAGAAUAAUAAAUUGAUCGAAUCACAAAGGGUGAUCAGAGAUGAGAAUUCCAGGUUGAGAGAAAUGUUGAAGCAUGCAGUGUGUGAAGCUAAUGUAGCAAAAGAAUCUUUGGAGAUUGCCAGGGCAGAGAAUUCUCAGCUUAAAGAAGACAUAUCUGAGAAAGAGAAUACCUUACAGAGCAUCAUACAAGACUAUGAGUCCCUCAAGGUAAGCGAGUCUGCGGCACAAAGUAGUAUUGGAGAAUUAAAGGAUAUGAUUGAUGCUAUGUUCAGUUCAGAGUCGACCAAAACCUCAGCAGAAGCAUCACCCAGAGAUACCAAGGGAAAUGAGGUGUAUUAUGACCACGAAAGAACCCAGUUGGAGGAUAUCAGGAAUCCUGCGCUGCACAAAAAGAGGACAGUUCUCAGAAAAUUUGCUGACAUAAUGAAGAAAAGAAACUCUCAAAGUGCAAUCUAACAUCCUUAGACAGCAAUCAAAUACAACUUCAGAUUAUCUUUUGCUCUUCAAAGUCGUUCACAAGACAGUUGGAAUGCUGAGAAUUCAAUCUGGCAAACUGAAAUGAUAUGCCUUGACUAAACCUUGGCGUUGCAUGUGUAAACCUAUGAAGCAUAUGUGUAUAUAAUACAGAUGUUGGAAUAUGAAACCAGCAUAGCUUUCAAAUUCUCUUGGCUCUUUUUAUACAUUCUCUGCAUUUUGGAAUCCACUAGGUGUAAAGUCUUGAUGUGGAAAUCUUGAAUUGUUUUGACUAGUGCAGAAAUAUUACAAUAUGCAUUUUGAAGUCCU